CUGAGUGGCUUAUCUCUCUUCUCUCUCUCCUUCGCUCCGCGGCCAUGGCCAUGUCCAUUGAGCUUUCCCUUUCAAAUACACCACUAUAUUCCAACUUCAACCUCUUUCUGUCAAACUCCAUCUCUUCCAAGAGAUGCGAGGGCAAGAAACCACCUAUACCCAUCAUGACAAUCUCCAUUCCUACGCCAGUGCACUCAUCAAAGACCACUACCACGCAUUGCUCGACAGAGUCCGACCCACGAGAGCCAGCAUAUUUUCCAGAGACUCCGUCGUUUGGGGACUCCAAGAUAGUUAAAAAAGAUCGCCGGAAGACAGUGAAGGUGGCGUGGGAGAAGCUGGUCCGGUGGUCUCGCUUCUGGAGGCUGAUGAACGCGAAGGCUAAGACCGACGUUCUUGAGCAAACCAAGAAGGUUGCGGUACUUGGCGGAGGAUCUUUUGGAACUGCUAUGGCGGCUCUUAUUGCCGGUAACAAGGCUGACAUGGAAGUUAGCAUGCUUGUAAGGGAUGUCGAAGUUUGUGAUUCAAUCAACCAUAGCCACUGUAAUAGCAAGUACUUAUCGGGUUACAUGCUUCCAAAAAAUGUUUGUGCAACAACAGAUGCAAAGGCUGCUCUUCUUGGAGCUGAUUUCUGUAUACAUGCCAUUCCCGUCCAGUUCAGUUCGGCAUUUCUUGGGGGCAUUUCAGAGUAUGUUGAUUCGAAGUUGCCAAUUAUAUCAGUCAGUAAGGGACUAGAGCUGAAUUCACUGAGGAUGAUGUCUCAAAUAAUUCCACAAGCAUUGGGAAACCCUAAUCAACCUGUUAUCGUGUUGUCUGGACCAUCAUUUGCAGUGGAGCUAAUGAAAAAAUUGCCUACAGCAAUGGUGGUGGCUUCAAAGGACAAGAAAUUGGCAAGGGCUGCUCAACAGCUUUUCUCAUCUCAGUAUGUGAGGAUCAGCUCAUCAAGUGAUGUCACAGGAGUAGAGAUAGCUGGUGCACUGAAGAAUGUACUAGCUAUAGCUGCAGGGAUUGUCGAGGGAAUGAAUUUGGGAAAUAAUUGUAUGGCAGCUCUUGUUGCACAAGGUUGCUCAGAGAUUAGAUGGCUUGCAACUAAGAUGGGUGCAAAGUCCACUACUCUCACAGGCUUGUCUGGAACUGGAGACAUUAUGCUCACAUGUUUCAUUAAUUUGUCAAGAAACAGAACAGUUGGUGUGCGGCUUGGAUCAGGAGAGAAGCUUGAUGAUAUCUUGAAUUCAAUGACUCAGGUGGCUGAAGGUGUAGCUACCGCUGGGGCUGUUAUAACUCUGGCACAGAAAUACAAAGUAAAGAUGCCAGUCCUAACGGCAGUCGCCCGCAUUCUUGACAACGAGUUGACUCCAAAGAAAGCUGUUAUGGAACUCAUGAACCUUCCUCAGGUUGAGGAAGUCUGAUCUUGCUCCUGAGCCACCUCACACUGAAAACAAAUGUGAAAGCUCAAAUGGGCAAACGCCUAGCAAUUUUUGCAACCACUCUAUUGAAAUUCAAUGUAAAAGGUGCCAUUGAAAUGUCAAUAGUUAAAGGAUUUUUCAAUUUUUUUUCUAAAUGAUUGAUAUGUAAAUAGUAUAUCUGAAAUCAACACAGGAAUGAGAAAAUGCUGGAUAUAUGAGAAAUCUUGAUGAAUUUUCUUUUUU